CGUCUCGCUGCCCGAAGUCCUUCACAGACGACCACUGUCACUCUCGCAACGCCUAGCCCCCCAUCCCAGAGCAGACAACUCUGUUCUGCAGAGAACAGAGCAGAGCUCAUCCUCUUGUCUCUGCUUUCCCGCAGUCCCCCAAGGCUUCUCCUGUCCGGGACGCCGCUAUGGACGACAUUUUCACUCAGUGCCGGGAGGGCAACGCGGUGGCGGUGCGCUUGUGGCUGGACAACACAGAGAACGACCUCAAUCAGGGGGAUGAUCAUGGCUUCUCCCCCUUGCACUGGGCCUGCCGAGAAGGCCGCUCUGCGGUGGUUGAAAUGCUGAUCAUGAGAGGAGCACGUAUCAAUGUGAUGAAUCGUGGGGAUGAUACCCCCCUGCACCUGGCAGCCAGUCAUGGACACCGUGACAUCGUACAGAAGCUGUUGCAAUACAAGGCUGACAUCAAUGCAGUGAAUGAGCAUGGGAAUGUGCCCCUUCACUAUGCCUGUUUCUGGGGUCAAGACCAGGUGGCAGAGAACGGGCAGAGAAGAUGGGCCAGAAUCUCAACCGUAUUCCAUACAAGGACACAUUCUGGAAGGGGACCACUCGUACUCGGCCCCCUAUGGAAAGGCCGCUGGCAGAGCAAUGACAUUGUUGUGAAGGUGCUGAAGGUUCGAGACUGGAGUACAAGGAAAAGCAGGGACUUCAAUGAAGAGUGUCCCCGGCUCAGGAUUUUCUCACAUCCAAACGUGCUUCCAGUGCUAGGAGCUUGCCAGGCUCCACCAGCUCCCCACCCAACCCUUAUCACACACUGGAUGCCAUAUGGAUCUCUCUACAAUGUACUACAUGAAGGCACCAAUUUCGUUGUGGACCAGAGCCAAGCUGUAAAGUUUGCUUUGGACAUGGCAAGAGGCAUGGCUUUUCUACACACACUAGAGCCUCUCAUACCUCGACAUGCACUAAAUAGCCGUAGUGUAAUGAUCGAUGAAGACAUGACUGCUCGAAUCAGCAUGGCUGAUGUCAAGUUUUCUUUCCAGUGCCCAGGGCGCAUGUAUGCACCUGCCUGGGUGGCCCCUGAAGCCCUGCAGAAGAAGCCUGAAGACACUAACAGACGCUCAGCAGACAUGUGGAGCUUUGCAGUGCUUCUGUGGGAACUGGUGACACGAGAGGUGCCCUUUGCUGACCUCUCUAAUAUGGAGAUCGGAAUGAAGGUGGCACUGGAAGGCCUUCGGCCUACAAUUCCACCAGGUAUUUCCCCACACGUGUGUAAGCUCAUGAAGAUUUGUAUGAAUGAAGAUCCUGCAAAGCGACCCAAGUUUGACAUGAUUGUGCCUAUCCUGGAGAAGAUGCAAGACAAGUAGGACUGGAAGGUCCUGGCCCAGACUCCAGAGGUGUCAAAACAAGGUUGGGGGAGUGUACUUCCCCAAAGCUGAAGGCCUCUGGUUGCCUCCCGUCUCCAAUCAUGGUACUACCCCAGUUAUGGGGCUCAUCCCUGCUCCCAUCCCUACCACUGUAGCCCCAAAAGGGGCUGGGCUCAAGAGCUUUGUCACUUGCCACAUGAUGUCUCCCAACAUGGGAGGGAUAAGCCCUGCCUGUCACAAUAAAGUUUAUUAUGAAAACA